CCGCGUUCGACAUUUGCAUUGGUGAUGCUAAUGACAUAAACGGAUCCUCGAAAGUACACCCAAGCUGAACCCAAAACCUCAACACGAGAGCUGGAACGGUUCAUAACAAAUUUCAAUUGUCUACCGACUCAAACCUCAGAAUCCAACGCGACAAUGUCUGCAGAAAAACGCCCAGCCUCAGAUGAUCCUGGCUCCUCCCAGUUGGUGAAGAGGCAAAAUGUCGGAAGCUCGACGGCGCGAUCCGGUGGCUAUGGCGAAAGCAGCGCGCUGAUCCAGGCGGCGCCACGCCUGAGCUCGCUACAGGCACCUUUGAUGGAGCUUUCUGGACACUCGGGGGAGAUAUUCUGUGCCAAGUUCAACUCUGCCGGACAAUAUAUUGCUUCAGGGUCUAUGGACAGGAGUAUAUUACUUUGGCGAGCAAAUGGCGACUGCGAAAACUACGGCAUACUGAGUGGCCACCGCGGCGCCAUCCUUGACCUGCAAUGGUCACGCGACUCGGACAUAAUCUUCUCGGCAUCCGCAGACAUGCACCUUGCGAGCUGGGAUCUGACCACGGGCGAACGAAUUCGGCGAUACGUAGGCCACGAGGAGGUUAUCAACACUCUAGACAUCAGCAAGCGUGGCGAGGAGAUUCUCUUCAGCGGCAGCGACGACGGCACGAUUGGCAUCUGGGAUCCGCGCAAGAAGCAUGCCGCUGAUUACAUCGAAACAGACUUCCCUGUCACGGCAGUGGCAAUCUCGGAGGCAGGCAAUGAAAUCUACUCUGGUGGCAUCGACAAUGACAUCAAAGUGUGGGACGUGCGGAAAAAGGCGGUUGUUUACAAUAUGGCGGGGCACAGGGACACCAUAACUACGCUCAAGGUGUCACCCGACUCGCAAAGCCUGCUGUCAUAUGCUAUGGACUCAACGGCACGGACGUGGGAUAUCCGACCGUUUGCGCCGACGGAGAGACACAUUAGGACAUUUGAUGGAGCUCCGAUGGGAAUCGAAAAGAAUCUGGUCCGGGGCGGAUGGGACAAAGAAGGCAAGAGAGUAGCCAUGGGCGCGGCUGAUGGCACGGUUGUGAUAUGGAGCAACGAGACGGGCAAGUUGACAUACAAGCUGCCUGGUCACAAGGCUGCUGUCAACUGCGUAGAGUUCAGCCCGGGAACGGAGCCAUUGAUCCUUUCUGGAUCUUCGGAUAAAACAUUGCUGGUCGGUGAGCUGCGAUGAACAGCUUCUAGAGCUAUGGAAACGACUUGACGAAAGCAAAGCAUAGAUGCAUGGCUUUGUUUGGCGGGGCUCGGCAAAUAAUGCUAUCCUUGACUUCUUGACAGGCCAUCCUGAGGGGAGAGCCCGGUUGAAGAAGCUCUCUAAUAUCUCGACAGAUGUUGUGAUCUGGACUCCAAACUGUGGAGACCCGGACAGAACAAGAACAUGUCGAUUAUUAAUUAGCAUGUAAUUACCAUGGCAGUUCCUAGCGAACAUUUCACGCCAAUGCACGCGCACAUGCAUAGCCGAAUCCAUUGCCAAAUUCGACAGAACUGGGGGUUCAGUAUUAACAUGGUGUUUGUACGAGUGCUACCUCCGGGAUCGACACCGAGGGUUCGUCCCAGAUUUUCUCUCCACAGUGGUCCUAGGGGCAUAUUACCCACGUGGUACAUAAAGUGUACUAUAAAAGAUGAAGUCACAGGUGUCGCACUAUUCAUAAAUCGCAUUAAAUAACGAUUACCCGAACUGCAUCUUGACAGUCUGGACUUUGGGCAAAAGGACC